CUCCGCACAAAAAGAUGGAAAAACUUUCGAUGCUUUCAUCAGAUAAGUGCAUCUCUCGCACAACGUCCGUGUGUUUGUCCUCUUUUACUUUUUUCCCGACCACGCCACAGGCAAACACAAUUCAAUUAAGGCAUACCGUUAUUUUUUUUUCAAUCGAUCAACCCAUCGAACAACAUCUGCAUAAAGAUAAUUAGGCUCUCUAUUGAGGAGACGCACGGAGGAGGAAAUCCCACUUUCAAUUCGGCCACGGUUUUCGCACUCGUCGCGCGAACCGGCGCUGAGCACAGUGACUCACUCACUCGGCCGAGUCUUGGGCGAGCACCAGUUGAGCACCAGCAGUCAUGGACUGAACACCGACACGCUCGCACCCAACACCAUGCAGUCUCCGAACAAAAAGCAGCAGUGCGAGGAUGAGGAGGAGGAGGGACCGAUGCUCAACCUCGGCGAGGUGAAAACCACCAUAGGAAAGGUCAAAAGUGUCACAGAUCUCACAAAGGACUCAAACAGCAAGGCAUAUUUUGCUCAGAGUCUUGUUGCUGGAGCAGUAUUUUUGCUAACCGCGGGAUGCGGAAUGCCAAUUGGAUUUUCUGCAAUCCUCCUGCCACAACUGCAAACACCAAACAGCACCAUUCCAACGUCGGAGGAAACAGGAUCAUGGAUUGCGAGUAUCCACUCGGCCUCGACCCCAAUCGGCUCCCUCCUGAGCGGCACCCUGAUGGAGAAUUGGGGUCGCCGAAACACCCUGCGCCUCAGCGUGCUGCCCUUCUUGAUAGGCUGGACGGUGUUGGCCUUGGCCGGCAGCCACCUUUUCAUCUUCAUCGGCCGCCUCUUCUGCGGACUGGCCGUCGGGCUGGCCGCGGCACCUUCGCAGGUUUUGCUUGGCGAGGUUGCUGAACCCAAACUCAGAGGGCUGCUGGUUGGCGCUCCAUUUGCAAGUUACUCGUUGGGAAUUCUCAUCGUCUACACAAUGGGAUCGAUGCUGCCGUGGAAAAUCGUGGCUGGUCUUUGCGCAAUUCUGCCAGCUUGCGCUCUUCUUGCCCUGAUGUCCCUACCAGAGAGUCCACCCUGGCUGGCCAAGGUGGGCAGGUCUCAGGAGGCUUUGAGGGCACUCACUUGGCUGCGGGGCGGCCAAAUGGCGCAGGCCAGGAGCGAAUUGGCCGUUUUGGCAGCAAGAAGGGACCAGGAAGAACAGCAUGCGUUGGCCAAGCAGAAAAAACGGCGCAACUCUUGGUUUAACACGUGGCGCCAGUCACCACUUUUCUCAAGGGUGGUCCUCAAGCCUCUGAUUGUGGUGAACGUUUUCAAUGUGGUGCAAAUUCUGUCUGGCACCUACACAAUCAUCUUUUACGCCGUGGACGUUCUGCAACAGGCCGAGGGAGGAGACGAAACAGACCAGGUGGCCGAGUUGGAAACUGCAGUUCUUACGGCCCUCGUGCGGACAGUCAUCACUGCCUUCGCGUGUUUGCUUCUACUCAAGGUUGGUCGUCGGCCUCUGGCGAUUUCCUCCGGGCUGGGUUCUGCCGCGGCCGCGGUGGCCCUUGGCUGCUGGUUGUACGUGGCGCCGCCGCCCGGCACCCUGAGCUGGCUGCCGGCCACGCUGGUUCUGCUCUACGUCGGCUGCAACACAUAUGGCUUCUUUGUGCUGCCGGGCCUGAUGAUGGGCGAAAUGCUUCCGGCGCGGGCGCGCGGCCCGGCCGGCGGCCUCACCUUUGCCGUCAUCAACAUCACCUUGUUUGUGACCACCAAGGUGUACCCGUGGGCGGUUCAUGUGCUGCACCCGCAUGGCCUCUUCUUCUUCUUCGGCAUCUGCGCCCUGCUCGGCACCCUGUUCGUCUACCUCUUUGUGCCGGAGACCAAGGGCAGGACCUUGUCCGAGAUCGAGGACUAUUUCAGUGGAACCAAUUUGAUCUGGCAAACGCGCGUCAAAGAGCAGCAGGACUCUGAUAGUAAUAAAGUGUGAUUAACAAUUAGAAGGAAGAAAAAUCCUCCGUCUUUUGUGUUUUGAUGUCCCAUUUUACAAUUAGCUAUAUUUAUGAAAGUGUUUUAAGAUAUUUCAUGUCAAAUGUGUUUUCUCGAUUUAAGAUGAUGACGUAUUUUGCGUAUUUUGGUUAUUAUUUAUAAUUUUAAUAUUAUAUUUAACUAAGCUAUUAUUCAAAAUCAUUAUUUGCAUUUUUUUUUGUGAGAACUAAAUAAAAACUAAAAUUGUGUAAAAUUAGACAGAUUUCAUUAAAUG